AUGACGAACAAAAGCACCAGUUCUGGACGGGAAAACUCCAACUUCUUUGGAUUCUGGCAAUUCUUCGCCACCAUGAUUGCCUCAUCUUACUUGAAGCAAACGAUCAUCACCGUGCUCUGCGUGCUUGGGAUACCAUCAUACCUAUCAGCACCAAAGCCCAUCUCCGUCCACCUGGAGGGACAAUCCAGCAUCAGCGUCCCUGCCAACCGAGCACUCGUGUCUCUGCGAAUAUACGCCGAGGGACCGAAGCAGGACAAGGUCGCCGACUCAGUGCGCAAGACAGCCGACGACAUUCUAUUCACACUAAGACCGCUCGUUCAAGUGACCCCUCCGAACCAGAACACGACGACUACCCUCGGGGACUCUGAGCCUCCAAUCGUCGACCUCUCCGUGACAACAUUCCGCUCCUACUCCUGGCUCAAACCGGGCUCCUCGAUCCUCUCACGGGAGGCUCCCCAGUAUGAAUCCUCCAUGGAAAUCGAGGCCGAGUUUCGGGACUUCGACGUCCUCGGCCUGCUGCUCGCGCAGGUCUCCAAGCAGCCUGCCGUGUCUGUACAGCGGCUAAAAUGGACGGUCGACCCCGUCACCAAGAAGCAUUUGUUCGGCAGAGUGCGCUCCGAGGCCAUGGUCGAUGCGCUCGACAAGGUCCGCGCCUAUGUCAGGCCGUUGGGGAUGGACAAGGUCCGCGCCAUCAAGUUCUCUGAGGAUCGUGUGCGGAGCCGAGACGUGGUGACGGCUGAUCUGGGCCGCGUGAGCUACGAAUAUCAGCAUGAUGAAAUGGAUUACGAUCAGAUGAACCACGGGACCAUGAAAGGUGAGGGCGUGGCUUCAGAGGCAUUCGGAUUGGAGCCGAGGACGCUGGAGAUUGUGGCGCAGAUCGAUGGCGAGUUUUGUGCCUGGAGGACUGGGUUGGAGGCGUGGUUUAGGAGGGGUGGCGUUUGA